AUGCCGAUGCCAGUGACUCGCAAGACCACAAGGACGGCAUUUAUGUCCUCAGGCCUGGGGUCCCCGACCAUCAUGGGAAUUCUCCCGGCACUGACCCAGCCUCUGGACCUCCUCUGCCUGCUGCCCCUGUUGUCUACCUGUGUGGUUUUCUCCCUGGUGGCCAGCAUGGGCAACUGGACGGGGUCCAGGGGUAACUGGUCAAUGUUGAUCUGGUGCUUCUGCUUUGCCAUGACCUUCACCAUCCUCACUGUGGAGUUAGGUGGACUCCGGUCCAGCUUCCCGCUAUCUUGGCGCAACUUCCCGAUUACCUGCGCUUGCCACGUGGCCUUAUUCUGCUUGUUCUUCUCUAUCUCCUACCCCACCUCUCACGCGCAGUUCUUGUCUUAUGGCCCUUCCCCAGACCAUGUCAUCGCUGUCACCACCUUCUCCUGCAUCGUGCAUGUGGCUUAUGCUAUUGAAGUGGCCUGGACUCGGGCGAAGCCCGGCGAGAUCACAGGCUACAUGUCCACCAUGCCGGGACUCCUCAAGGUGUUGGAGACCUUCAUAGCCCGUGUCAUUUUUCCCUUCAUCCGCUGUCCCAGCCUGGACCGGCGCGAGCUGGCCCUGGAGUGGUGCAGGGUGGUGUGUGCCAUCUGCUUCCUCCUGGCGUCCUUGGCUAUCCUGCUGAAUCUGGGAAACUGCACCAAUAUGUUGCCCAUCCCCUUCCCCAGAUUCCUGUCAGGCCUGGCCUUGCUGUCCGUCUUCAUGUACGCCACCGCCCUUGUCCUUUGGCCCCUCUACCAGUUUGACGAGAAACGUGGUGGUCAGGCCCCGCGAUCCAGGCCGGUGAACUGUACUCACAGUCACCCCCACUUCCUGUGUGACUGGGACCGCCUGCUGGCUGUGACAGUCUUGAUAGUCGUCAAUCUGCUGGUGUAUGUGGCCGACCUGGGGUGCUCUGCCCACCUAAUGUUUGUCAAGGUCUAA